AAGCGAGACAGACGCACUCGCAUGAAACCACGGGCGAACCAUGAUAAUGCAAGCUCACUUUUGUCUGACGUAGCCGAUGAUUAACGGGAGAUAAAUACUACAGUCGCCCUCGUACUGGUGUCGGGAAAGAGCCGAAACGGGAAAAAUAGCGGAUGGUUUGACCUCAUUGGGGUUAUUUGUUGUUUUCGUCGCCGUUUUUGUGGAGAGACCACUGAUGUAACGGUUCUGGAUUUGAUGGGUUGGGUUGGCAGGACGGGAUGCACAAAAGAGCGUCUCUUACACCGUGUUUAGUUGCGGAUUAGGAGAGGGGGAUCAAACGGAGGAGGGGAAGAGGGGAACACAACAACAAGGAGACGUUCUUUAUUAGCGGGGGAAGACAGCGCCAGACCAGGAUACCGUAGCGGAGAGAAGSAGAAGACCGAAAGCGUCGCUCGAAUGAUUGUGCGGUGGUGGAUCCCGCGACGAUGCGACGACACUGCUGGGUGAUAGUGCUGGCGGGGAUGUUGUCGUACUUCAACCCGGAGAGAGCCCUUGGAGCCCCGCAGAGAGAAUAUGGUUCGCUCCUCACAAACGGCCAAGUUGAGUCUCUCAAUCCAGGGCUGCGUCUCUCUCUUCUCCGCCCUACGUCGUCAUUCUCAUCUCUUGCUCMGGGCUCGUCUCCUUUGUUUUACUGCUCUUCACCUGUCUGUGCUGUAAGAAGGGAGGAGUGGGAUUCAAUGAGUUUGACAAUGCAGAGGGGGAGGAGUGUUCUGGGGGUUCUAGCCCCGCCCAGGAGGACAGUCUGUCCUCUUGCCCCUCCCUCCCGGAGGUCUACACCCUCCCACUCAGGGACAGGGCUAACUGCCCCGCCCUGCAAGAUGACUCAGACUCUAAGUCGAAGUACUUCCGUAGGCACACUCUCAACUACCUUCAGGAAAUAGGAAAUGGCUGGUUUGGAAAGGUGAGAUCACCAACUCAUACCUCCACCCRCAGUUMUGARGUCAUCAUGUAAUGGUYGUAGCUGGAUCUGGCAGUUCUUCCAAAUGUCUCUCAACCCCAUGUUUCCUCAAAAAGACACAUCCUUUUAACAGCUUCUCAGUAAAUCUAAUAUUGGC